ACUCAGAUGCAGUACUAUGGCUACCGUCUAUCCAUCAGAGACGACUUCAACGCCUUCCUACAUGCUGGACGCCUAACACAGCAAUACAUGGUAGAUGCAUAUGUAAAAACAGAAGCUAACAGACUCAAUUUUGUGUGGCAAAAUCAGCCAAAAUUGAGAGUGGAAAAAUACUCAGGAUUGAUGGACCACUUAAAUGAAGCAGCCAAUGCAACAGGCCUAAUUCCCGGAAAGACAUUUAUAUUGCCAUCCUCAUUUGCUGGUAGCCCCAGAAACAUGCUCCAAAACUAUCAGGAUGCAAUGGCAAUUGUCAGAAAAUAUGGAAAACCGGAUCUCUUCAUCACAAUGACAUGCAACCCCAAGUGGGAAGAAAUCGUGGAAAACCUGGAACAUGGCCAAACUGCUGCAGCAAGGCCAGAUUUAGUGGCACGAGUCUUCCACUUAAAACUAAGAUCACUAAUUGAUGACAUCUGCAAGAAACAUAUAUUUGGCCCACCCACAGCCAUUGUGUAUGUCAUAGAGUUCCAAAAAAGAGGUUUGCCACAUGCACACAUACUGCUGAUCCUAACAGAAAAAUAUAAACCAAAAACCGAAGCAUCCAUAGACAGCAUAGUAUCUGCAGAGAUCCCAGACAUUGAAACAACACCACAACUUCAUGCAAUCAUAACAAAACAUAUGAUCCAUGGACCAUGUGGAAUUCAAAAUAAGCAUUCACCAUGUAUGUCUAAUGAAAAAUGCACCAAAGAAUUUCCAAAAGAAUACCAAGAACAGACUAUUGCAAACAGAAACGGAUACCCCAAAUACAGAAGAAGAAACACUGGCAAAAGCAAUAAGCAAAAAGGAAAACCGAUAGAUAACAGGUGGGUUGUACCGUACAAUCCAUUCCUAGCCCUAAGAUAUAACUGCCACAUCAACGUCGAAGUCUGUGCAUCAGUGAAGAGUGUAAAAUACCUUUUCAAAUAUGUUUACAAGGGCCAUGAUUGCGCAAAAGUGGUGAUCCAAGAACAAGACACUUUGAACCACGAUGAAAUCAAAACCUAUAUGGAUUCAAGGUAUGUCAGUGCACCAGAAGCAGCAUGGCGCCUAAAUGGCUUUGAGAUGCAUUACCAGUCCCAUACAGUACACAGACUAGCAGUACAUCUCCCAAACGAGCAGUCAGUAAUAUUCAACCCCGAAGACAUUGGCACAGCAACCGACAGAGCAAUGCAUCGUGAAACACAAUUGACAGCAUGGUUCAAACUAAACCAACAAGACGAAAAAGCAAGAAACAUAUUAUACGCAGACAUCCCAUUAUAUUAUGUCUUUGACACCGCAAACAGCACGUGGAAAAUACGGCAGCGUGGUUCAGACAAAAUGAUCGGCAGAAUGUAUUCUGUGAAUUUGCCAUCAGACCCAGAGCAUUACUGCCUACGCCUCCUACUGUUACAUGUGCCAGGAGCAACAUCCUACGAAAACCUCAGAACCGUAGAUGGAAUUGAAUACCCAACUUACCAAGCAGCAGCAAAAACAAAAGGACUCAUAAAUGAUGAACAAGUGUGGGAAAGUACACUAGAAUAUGCAGCACACUACAACAUGCCCAAACAAAUCAGAGAACUCUUUGCCUACAUCUGUGUCUUUGCAUCCCUCCAAAACAUGCAGGAGCUAUUUACAAAAUAUGAACAAUACCUCAUUGAGGAUUAUGUCCAUAAACAUUUACAACAAAAUACCGAGUGCACAGUAUGCCGUGACCUCGCCCUCCAAGAAAUUGCCAAUAUUUUAACACUCCAUGGAAAGAAAUGCACAGACUACGGCUUGACAUACACCAUACAGAACACAGAGCACCUUACAGAUACAUACAACCAAGCCUAUGAAAGACAAACAGCAGAAGAGAUGUCCAGAACCUUCAACGAUGACCAAAAAGCCGCCAUAGAACAAAUUUUAGCAGCAAGCCAAAAUGAUGAGCUAGACCACCGCUGCUUUUUCUUGGACGGGCCAGGAGGCAGUGGAAAAACAUACUUAUACAAAACCAUACUCAGCACAGUGCGUGGCCAAGGUGAAGUUGCACUCCCUGUAGCCUCCACAGGCAUAGCAGCUAACCUGCUACAAGGAGGCAGAACAUAUCACUCCCAAUUCAAAUUGCCAGUACCCAUACUUGAAAACUCCGUGUCUAACAUGCGCCUCAAUUCUCAAGAUGCUAAAAACCUAAAAACAGCAAAAAUAAUCAUUUGGGAUGAGUCAACAAUGGCACCCACUCAAGCACUAACAACAGUAGACAAGCUAUUGAAGGAAAUCAUGGAGAACAACAAGCCCAUGGGAGGAAAAGUAUUUCUACUGGGAGGAGAUUUCCGACAAACACUUCCAGUGUUGCCACACAGAAGUCAGACACAUAUCGUUGAGGCCUGCAUAAAAUUCAAUACUCUGUGGCCCACAUUCACAAUCCUCAAACUAAAAAACAAUAUCAGAUCCAAUGACCCAGAAUUCAGCGAGUGGCUAAUCAAGGUGGGCAAUGGAGAUACACCAUGCAUUGAGGGAUUGCCAGAAGACAUCAUUGAGAUCCCAGAAAGUAUAAUGUGCAGAGAAAAUAUCGUGAGAGAAAUUUUUGGAGAUAAUAUUCAAGUACAGAACAUCCCUGAGAUAGCUAACAGAUCCAUCCUUUGCCCAAAGAACAGUGAUGUUGACACCAUCAAUGACCAGGUGCUCAACAUUUUGGAGGGCCAGGAAAUGACUUAUCUCAGUUCAGACUCAAUAGAUGACACCAGCGAAGAAGAUUCCAAAAACUACCCAACAGAAUUCCUAAAUGACCAAACACCAACUGGAAUGCCAAAACAUAAACUCACCCUGAAAUUGCGCCUGGCCACCCAUUCUUGCGGCGUCUCUGUGAUGCUGCGGCUGGAUCUCUUGGAAGCGGACUUCCAGGUGCAGUCGGAUGCAGCUGGGGGCCUCGGCUUCAGCCUAUAUUUACGGGACAGGUGGUGUGCAGAGCACUGGCCACAAGAUUGGGCGGAGCGAGGAAUCACGAGGGACCUUACUUUCCUUGAGCUUUUCCCCAUAGUGGUGGCUGUACACAUUUGGGCUGAUCAAUUCCGCAACUCAGCCGUGCGCUUUUGGUGCAACAACUUUGCAACAGUGCAGGUCGUCAACAGACAGACCUCCAAGUCCCUGAGGGUUAUGGGCCUAGUACUGGCAUUAGUGCGCAACAACAUACUGUUCACAGCGCAGCAUGUGCCGGGAGCGCAAAACGACCUCACAGAUGCUCUGUCUCAUUUUCAGAUGCAGCGCUUCUGGCAACUGGCUCCUGACGCUUUCCCAAGGCCCAAGAAGAUGCCUGGCUGGCUAUGGACCCUUGGCAGGUAG